AGAAUUUGUAGAAGAUAAGGCCUUCGUUACUUCCAGUGGAGCCUCGCCAGCCUUUCGGGUGGACGAGCUCAGACACUCGCUGAGCCUAAAGGGGCAGCGUUGAGACUCAAUCCGCUCUGCAAGCUGAGAGGCGUGCUUGCUAUUGAACCCUGCGAUAGUGUCAUUGAUAAUUUCGGUGACUUACUAUAAGAGAGCGAGACUCUAGCUCGGGGACUAGUCAGGUUUUUCCUAGUGUUUAUCUCUCAAUACGAGGCCCAGGCCUUCAGGGCUCGCGCCGCUGGAGCGCCACUGAUGUCGCUCGCGGCCGAGCGAAGCCACUCGCCGAACCACUUCGGGAAUAAGCGCCUUUUUGAGCGGACUGACGCAACAGAGCAUCUGUUGACAACUGACAAUCGCAGCAAGCGUUUCAGGAGGAGGAGCAGCAGCUCCUCUGAUUUAGGUGCUUCACCUCAGAAAGGAGGAGCCACUGACAGAGCCUCCACGCUUGCUGCACUGCGUGGUCUCUUUCCUGAUAUGGAAGAGAAGGUCCUGGCAGACAUCUUGGACAACUGCGGAGAGAACAUAGAUGCGGCUAUAAAAAGGCUGGGCCAGUUGCAGCUGACAGCCCGAUGCGUGGCAGAUGUCCAGAAAGGCAUCCGCACAGCUACGCCUGCAGCCCAAGAACCAAGCCAGGACUCAACCCCUGGAACCGACACAGCAGGUGCGGCUGAUGGAGAUAGCCAUGCAUCAGUCAGCCCGGCGCCAGAACAGGCGGAGGGCCCUCGCACGCCAGCGGACUGGGUGGAAGCGCUGGUGCAGCAGAUGGCCGGCGCUAAGGAUGUGGCUGAUGCGCGAGAACGGGCGUCACAGGUCCUCCAAGCAUUCGAGCAGGCCGUGCUUCAGCAGGCUGCUAGAUCACAGGAUGCUCCAGAUGUGGCUGCCCUGCGCAACCACCUGAACGAGCUGUCCCGGGACAACCACAUCCUGAAGCGAGCAGUGGCCAUCCAGAACUCGCGCAUGCAGGAGGCGUGUGGCGCAAAGGACGCUGAGCUGGCGAGUCUGCGCUCUGCACUGGCGCAGUAUGAGCAGAAAAUUCGCACGCUGGAGCUUUCCAACUACUCCCUCUCCAUGCACCUCCGUCAGGCGACAGAGACCGGCCGCGGCUUUGACAAUGGCCAGCGACCGCCUGAUGUAUACUAG